UCUGCACACUGCUGAAUGACCUUCAUGCCUCAGCAUAUGUCAAGGAUGUCAGGCUCUGAUGUCCUGUGGCUGGCCUUGGCCUCCUGCAUAAUGACUAUGGCAUCUGCAGAACAGCCAGACCCUUCUACUGCAGUGGGCAAGUGUGACAACUCCUGCCGCCCUGAGGAGGAGUGCCGCUUGGUCAAUGGCACCUGGGCCUGUUUCUGCAGACAGGAUCUCAACAGCUCUGAAUUCUUCCAAUACACCUAUCUCCUUAGAAAUCAAACUCAUGCCAUCUACAAAAACAAGAUCUCCUUGGUCAAUGAUUUCAUCAUCAGAGACACCAUCCUCAACAUCAACUUCCAGUGUGCCUACCCACUGGACAUGAAAGUCAGCCUCCAGACUGCUUUGCAGCCCAUCGUAAGGUACAGCAUUGACUCUUGA